GACUCAGGAUGACUCUGUGAUCUUGCUAGCUGGCAAGGGAGAGGCGAAGCACAGAGAGCAGCAGAUCAGACCAUACUGAGCUCCCUUAGAGCGGCUGAGACCCGUGGAGGAUGCUGGCUGCCAAGUGGCUGAGGAGGGCCUCACUCUAAGGUGGGAAAGCAGGUCUCAGCGGGACAGCUUCCUCUGCUCCUGGGCUCACCAUGGCCUUCACUCUCUGGCUGGACGGCUGACGUGACUGUGUGCCCCAAGUGUGCACGCUGCUGGACUGGGUGCCGUCCCAGGUACCACCUGCUCUCAGGGUCUGGGAGCAGGACAGGUGGGCAUCAGAUGCUACCAAAAGCCGGACGGGGCAGAGCGAUGGACUCCGACAAGCUAAGAUGGAAGUGACCUGAGGCCUCGCCCAGGCAGUUUUCUCUUGACAGGAUAGCUUAAGAGUUGGAGCACAGGCUUGUCUGGGGAGCAGUAUGCAGGAAGCUGGUUUUCAGGCCACAAAUGCUUUCACAGAGUGCAAAUUCACCUGCACCAGCGGUAAAUGCUUGUAUCUUGGUUCACUGGUCUGUAAUCAACAGAACGACUGUGGGGACAACAGUGAUGAAGAAAAUUGUCUCCUGGUGACCGAGCAUCCACCUCCCGGCAUCUUCAACUCGGAACUAGAGUUUGCCCAGAUCAUCAUCAUCGUCGUGGUGGUCACGGUGAUGGUUGUGGUCAUUGUCUGCCUACUGAAUCACUACAAAGUCUCUACACGGUCCUUCAUCAACCGCCCACAUCCAAGCAGGAGGCAGGAGGACGGGCCACAACCGGAAGGGCGCCUGUGGCCUUCAGACAGCUCCGGGCCUCGGCCAGGGGCCUCAGAGAUCAUGUAUGCCCCGAGGUCCAGGGACAGGUUUACUGCCCCAUCCUUCAUCCAGAGGGACCGGUUCAGCCGCUUCCAGCCCACCUACCCCUACGUGCAGCACGAGAUCGACCUUCCUCCCACCAUCUCCCUAUCCGAUGGGGAGGAGCCGCCUCCUUACCAGGGGCCCUGCGCCCUGCAGCUCAGGGACCCUGAACAGCAGAGGGAACUCAACCGAGAAUCUGUGAGGGCCCCGCCCAACCGAACCAUAUUCGACAGCGAUUUGAUAGACAUUUCUGUAUACAGUGGGGGCCCGUGUCCGCCGAGUAGCAACUCGGGCAUAAGUGCCAGCACCUGCAGCAGUAACGGGAGGAUGGAGGGGCCGCCCCCGACCUACAGUGAGGUGAUGGGCCACUACCCUGGCGCCUCUUUCUUCCAUCACCAGCACAGCAGCGCACACAGGGGGAGCAGACUGCCGUUUCAGCAGGACAGCUCAGGGGGCACGGUGCUGCCCAUCCAGGGCAAGGACAGGAAGCCUGGGAACCUCGUCUGACCCUCUGACGUGCACUGGAGGAGGCAGAAGCCAAGGAGGGAUGAGGGCCUCAUUGCCUCCGCUCCCAGGCACAGU